AGGAAAUGGAUGAGACGAUGUCUGUUGUUUGUGAGGUAGAGAAUGUUCCUGGAAUUGGAGUUCAUGGAGAUGAGUCAGAUAAUUCUAGAACGGGGCUUGGUAAUGAAUCUUUGUCAGGGAGGGAGAAUAUUUUCGUUGGUUCAAGGUCAGAUAAUUCCAUGAGCUCAGAGCAUGGGAUGGAAGCAAUUAUUAAUAUGGACGACAUUGACAAUGAUUAUGAGAGAGAUAUUAGUGAUGAUGUUGAGUUGGAUGAAAACAGCAAUGAGGAAAUAUUUGGACUUGAAAAUGUGUAUGACUAUUAUGGUGAAUCCGACAUGGAGAAUUGUUUUUAUGAUGAGUCAGUAGUUGGCCAACAUUAUGUGGAAGCAAAGCCGUCGAAUAGCAAUGAGGUCUCAUGUUGA